AAAAGAACCAAAAUAAAAAUAGCAGCAACUGUCAACUCACGUUCUGUUCUUUUUAUUAACAUUAACAAACGUUUUAAAAAGCUCCGUGAAGUGCAAUUGUAACAUUAUUAAGCCAGUUGUAUCCGUAAAUCAAUUCAAGUGUGUGAAAAAAUGGCAGCGAAUGUUGACGAAGAACAAUCACUGCGCGAAUGUGAGGCUUAUGUUCAAACUCAUAAUAUCCAACAAAUUCUGAAAGAUUGUAUUGUUCAAUUAUGUGUAAACCGUCCAGCCAAUCCCAUUGCGUUUUUACGGGAACAUUUUCAAAAAUUGGAACGGGAGCAAGCUCUAGAUGCCAAACAACAAGUGACUUCACCGGAAGACACCGAAGACCUCUCCCCCUUGCCCACCCACACCCAGCAACCUGUCCGUCGUCGUGGCGGCAUCUCCGCCGAGCCGGUGUCUGAAGAAGAUGCCACCAGUUAUGUCAAAAAAGUCGUCCCCAAGGACUACAAAACGAUGGCAGCACUGUCGAAAGCCAUCGCUAAAAACGUCCUCUUUUCACAUCUCGACGAAAACGAACGUUCGGACAUUUUCGAUGCCAUGUUUCCAGUGACAUGUCUACCGGGCGAAGCCAUUAUCCAGCAAGGUGACGAAGGCGAUAAUUUCUACGUCAUCGACCAAGGCGAAGUCGAGGUGUACGUUAAUAACGAACUAGUGACCACUAUAGGCGAUGGUGGCAGUUUCGGCGAACUUGCCCUCAUUUAUGGUACGCCACGUGCGGCAACGGUCAAAGCGAAAACCGAUGUUAAACUUUGGGGGAUUGACCGAGAUUCGUACAGGAGGAUUCUGAUGGGUUCGACGAUACGUAAGCGCAAAAUGUACGAAGAGUUUUUGUCCAGAGUGUCAAUAUUGGAGAAUCUUGACAAGUGGGAGCGUCUCACCGUGGCUGAUGCACUAGAACCGGUGGGUUUUGAAGAUGGUGAGACGAUUGUGAGACAGGGGGAGCCAGGAGACGAUUUUUAUAUCAUCGUCGAAGGUACAGCGAUUGUUAAACAGAAUAGAGCGGAAGGGGAAGAACCGACGGAAGUUGGGAGAUUGGGACCAAGCGAUUAUUUCGGCGAAAUUGCCCUAUUGUUGGAUAGGCCACGAGCCGCCACUGUGGUCGCUUGUGGACCUUUGAAAUGCGUCAAACUAGAUAGAGCAAGGUUUGAGCGAGUCCUGGGCCUGUGUGCGGACAUUUUGAAGAGGAAUAUCACACAGUAUAACAGCUUCGUGUCACUUUCGGUUUAACUGAAUUGAAUCAUUUUAUCGUGAGUCGCGAAAUUUUACGUAGGAACAGUAUUGUUUAUUAAGUACAAGUCGAAAUUUUUUGCAGUUAAGCGACUCAGCCAAAUUGAAAGUCUUCAUUGAUGAUAGCUUUAGCAUACUUAUUUAUUUAAAAUCCCUAGUUGUUUUGAUAUAAAUUUUAUUGUUGUUUUGCAGGAGAAAUAUUUUAUUUAUGGACUUUAUUCGUGUAAUUGCCACAAUUUGUUUAAUUGCGAUUAAAACCUGACCAACUGGUGGUAAUUAACAUAAUUUCUGUACAUCCUUCUCGCUCUAAAUAGUAUCUUAAGUACAACAAGUAAAUCAUCGACGGGAAAUGUUACAUUUGUGAAAGUUUAUGGGAUUGAAAUGGUUGUUUCUAGUUUGGUUUUCACGAUCUUUUAGCAAUAUUUGUAUUAUUUUUGUUAGUUUAAGGAAUAAAGUGUACCAACAAUUACACGCAUCCAAUUGUUUGAAAUUUUCUAAGAAAAUUUAAUUGGAUUACUUUUAUAACCAUUGUAAAUAACUGUCUAACAAUAAAACGAAGACUUCCUUGGUUUACUGUGUUAA